UCGUGUACAAAAUUAUAAGGCAAAAUGUGGUCAAUUUACAGCAAAAUAUGGCCGACAAGCACAUGUUGGAUGUACCAGGGCUAGAGAGAUACAGCAGCGACCCGAAGAGAAUCAGACUGGAGGACCAAGUAGCAACCAUUCCCCAGCCGUCCACGGCUCUGGCGAUCCCCAUGAAGACUGGGGACCCGCACAAUACGGCUCCGUCACGUGUUGUACACGCUCGGGCCGUCCCUGACGGCUGUACUCACCAGCAAAUGGUAGCUAUUCUCCAAGCCUAUGGAAGGAUAUCCUACAUUACGAUGAUGCCUCGUAUGCGACAGGCCUUGGUUGAGUUUGAGAAGGUUGAGGAAGCCCUGGCGUGUGUGCAGUCUUGUCAGUCCCAGCAAAUCUACAUCAUGGAUCGACCCGUGUUCUUCAACUUCUCUACUAGCCAGGAGAUCACAAGGUCUCCGUAUGGGAUUGUGCCCAACGCCCAGUCAUCCGCACUAGUGGAUCCCGCCGCAGCAGCCGCAGUCGUUGCUAUGCCAAUGGUUGCCGAGGGAGCUAAUCACAUUCUCCUCUUCACUGUAUUCAACCCAAUGUACCCUAUCACUGUGGAGGUGAUGAGGACAAUUUGCUCUCCCUAUGGUUUUGUGCAACGUAUUGUCGUUUUCAGAAAAAACGGUCUUCAAGUACUUGUAGAAUUUGACAGCCCUGCCUCUUCAGCUAGAGCCAGGACCCAGCUGGACGGGGCGGACAUCUACGCUGGCUGCUGCACACUCAAGAUUGAGUUUGCCAGAACACGGAAACUGAAUGUUUAUAAGAACGAUGAUAUGACGUGGGAUUUCACUACUCAAGGAACAGUCAAAGGACGGUUGCUUCAGCAACAGGGGGCGCGACCUGCUGCCACGGUAACCCCAGCGCCCGGUAACGGAGCUGUCACUCCACAACAAGUGAGGCCUCCUCCAGCAGCAGCCGGGACCUACCAGCAAACCCCAAACUAUGGGGCAGGGACUGCCCCCCAGGCUCAGACCCCCUACAAUGUGGUGGGGACCCCCAACAUGUCUGGCACAGGAUCGGUGAUCAUGAUCUACGGACUCACUCCAGGGAAACACAACUGUGACUCUGUGUUCAACCUACUCUGUUCCUAUGGCAAUGUUCUUAAGGUGAAGAUCCUACCUAAUAAGCAAGGCACAGCAAUGGCACACAUUGACAACCAAGAUAGUGCUAAGAACGCCAUCCAGCAUCUCCAUGGCCGCAAGCUGAUGGGAUCUAACCUAGAACUAAACUACUCACGGCACAGCUACAUAGCCGACUACAGUCAAGUGGGGACUCUUCAAGAUGGCUCCCCUUGUUGGAAGGACUUCUCUCAGUCUAGGAACAACCGCUUCAUGACGGCCGAGGGGAGCAGCAAGAAUCGCAUCUUACCACCGGGAAAACUGCUCCAUUUCUACAAUGCUCCUCCUGACAGCACAGCAGAAUCACUAGCGGAGGUGAUUGCUAAAACAGGAGUCAGUGCUCCCAUUGGAACCAAGUUCUUCUCUCAAGGUGCGGGUAGUAAGAGUGCUACAGGGCUAAUGGAGUUCAUGGACCCUGACUCAGCACUGGAUUCCUUCGUACUAGUCAACCACCAGACUGUGUUCUCACAGACUGGUCAGGCAUACACAUUCAAGAUGGCCUUCUCCAGCAACCUGUCUCUGGACGGAGGAGAGAACUGAAACACUCAACACUAUAAUUAUUAAUAACUAACUCUCCGUGUAGUUAUUACUUGCUCUCGCUAUUUGAGAUUUCUACGGCUUCUUUGCCACUCGUGUACAGUGAGGUUCGGUUACUCUUAAUCAUUGUUUGAUAUUAAAAUUCAAAUGAUUCUUGUUCAAAAAUUCA